GUGUUGAGAAAAAAAGUCUUGUUUUUGUGAACUUUGAUAUACAUAAAGUUGUUUGUGGCAAUCUUCAAGAUCUUCCUUUACUAAAGUACAUUUUUACUCAUGUUGAUUCAUACUGAUUAGAUUUUCAAAAUGUCGAAUAGAAUACAAAUUACAAAUCCGGGGUUUGACAAUGCUGACCAGGAACGAUGUGCUGGCAAUGAAGUCCAAAUUGAUAUAGGCAAUGAUAUUUCUAGACAAAGAUCAAGAAAUGAGGAUGAACCAGUAAUAAGUGACCACAUUGUUAAAGGGAAUUUAUACCAAGCAUUGUUUGUAGAAUUUCUUGGUACAUCAAUAUACGUAUUUAUAGCUACAAUUCCUUAUUAUGAUUCAUCAGCUCCAGGAAUGGCGCUUAUCGCGCUGAUAGCAUGUUUUGGCAAAAUCAGUGGUGGUCAUUUUAAUCCGGCUGUUACAAUAGGCGUCAGUCUAUGUGGACGUUUGUCUUUACAAGCAACCAUAUUAUAUCCUGUUGUCCAAAUAGUUGGUGGUUUACUUGGGGCGGCACUUACAAGGGCUGUGCAACCACCUCGUGCAUAUAUUGACAAUGAAUAUUUCUUUGAAAAUGGCAUCACCGUGUUACGAAAGGACGUUAAACCUGGAUGGGCUCUGUUAUGUGAAGGAUUGAUAACAUUCUUCCUUGUGCUUACUUAUCUGAUGUGUACACUGGAAAAACAGAAAACCAAUUGGGUGCUGUCAUCAUUGGCAAUUGGAUUUAUUGCCCAAGCCAAUAUAAUUGCUGCAGACUUUAUAACUAGAGCGUCUAUGAACCCAGCAAGGAGUUUUGGACCUGCUGUAUGUACGUCAGUAUUCACGAAGAACGUAUGGAAACAUCAUUAUGUUUACUGGGUAGGACCAAUGGCUGGGUCAGCAAUUGCUGCUUUUGCUUGGAGGUGUAUACAUUGUCAGUGGAGUUGUUGUUUUCGACCAAAAUGACAUAGUUUUUUCGACAAUUGAAAUGUGUCAGUUACUUUGUCGUAGAUAAAACCAUUUCGCUAAUGAAUACAUUAAAAAAUCAACUUAAGUCUUUCAAAAUACUUACAACAUGCCAAAGUGAUCCCAUGCAAUUUAUGUUAUAGUACUAAUAAUCACAUUAUAAUAUUCAAACCGUUUUCACUACUCAGAAACUGGACGUAAAUGAAUUCCUCAAUAAAAAAAAGUUGCAAUGCUCCGAUUAAUGUUAUUUAUAUAUCCCAUUUUUUUUUAUCCAGGAUUAAAAAAAACGACAGCUAUUUUUAGUAUUAUACCACUGGAAACAAGUAUAAGUUUAGCUUCUUUUAUGACCCGCUUUUACCAAAAAAUAAACAUUAUGAUCGUCUUAACCUCGGAAAGCAAUUGACUUGACUGAAAAAUUGGCAUUCUUGAUCAGAACUUUACUGUGUGCUCUCGUCUAAAAACCAACAUCGAUGUAAUUACUACAAGUUAAGUAAUAUAUAUAAAUAUAAAGUGAAAAAAAACUUUAUUAGAUUUACUGUAAUAUACACGCGUUUACCUAAGUAGAUUUAUAUUAAAUGUGUUGCGCUUUAUUUAAGAAUUGAAUGCUUCUUUUUAUAAUUUUCUUGGGGCGUAAAAGCGUUGACCGAAGCACAUUUUCUAACUAAAACUAAUUUUUAAUCCCUUAACGAACCGUACAUUGUGAAGAAAAGUGACGUGACAUAAAAUCGACAUUGCAUGAAAUAUCACUUUUUUUUACUAUGUUUGGUAGAUAAAGACUUCAGAAAUGUUCUGUCUGCACUGAGCAGUAUAAAUUCUUUUAUCCUGCAAUCAGCUAACUAUUGUUCAAAUAACAGGUCACAAAUAAACCUUUUCUUUAUUUGUACUUGGCGAGCUUCCCUUUUCAUCCUGUUCCUAAAGCUCGUAAAAAUAAAUUUUAUAUUUUCCAACAAUACACCUUAUCGCUAUUUAGUCCAUUCCGGAAAAAACAGUCACUUAAACAACUUCCUGUUUGUGUUAAGUGUCGCAAAAAUGGAUCAUCAAUAAAGUGAUGAGGGAGCAAAAGGUUAAGAAAGUGAACAUUUUAAAAUUUUUAUAGAUUUUGAUCCAAUUUUUUGAAACACAAAUUAAAGUCAUAAAAAUGUCUUGUUUAAAGUGUUUACGGUGGUUUUAACAUGUCUCUUUUCACAAUACGUUGUUUAAACAGGGACCAAGAUAGCAUCAACUGGUUUGUGACGUCAUGAAAAAGAUGUGUAAUUUUAAACUUAUGCGGAAUAGCGAUAAGGUGUAUGUUCAUAUAUUGUAUAUUAAUCAUUAUCAUAAUAGCAGGUGCAGUCAUAGCUGUUGUAUUUUUCACGGAAAUAGAUUAUGAUAUUUGAGCGCCUGCCGAUUCUACUCAGCCAAACAAAAUUAUGGAUUCUUAUGAAGCAUACAUGUAAUGUAUUUAUCCUAAAAAGUGCACACGCUCAACGCUAUUACAGCCAUAAAAACUAGAAAACAAUCGUUAAAUUCUUAUAAAAUUUCAUAGUUCAAUGCUUAAACAUGAAAAUAAAGCUUUUCAUUCCUUUA